CUCUCUAGCUCUAUCGGCGGUGUGACGUCACGUGCUGCUUGCUGGGUGACUGAAGUCUCCGACUGACAGACUCUCCGAGACUGGCAACUUAACGAUGGUGGCGUCACCCCUUGCGUUUCCUCGUCUUCGUCCUUUCCGUCAUUCGGCCUGAGCUUUCCUCAGUUGGGCAUACGCGUCGUCGUCGUCCUCUCAGCCGCAGAUUCCCGCCCAAACGCGGCUGGUUUGUCUUCCCUCCCUUCCUUAUUUUGGGAGCUAACUUUGCCUUUUUUGGAGGGGGGGCGUUGCGUAGUCGCUCCAGCUCUCGGUCCUCGACAUGCGGGCCUGAGUGUCCGUCUCGGCCCGGUGUGAAGACACGCCGAGGAUGUGCCGAUGACAACGGCGACGAUGCUCGCGCUCGCGGCGGCGUCAUCUGUGAAGGAAAGCGGGACUUUUUUGGAGCGGGGGCGCACUCCUUUCCUUCCCGUGGAGUCGAGCGCCGUCCGGUCCCGCUGAUCUCUCGCCCGCUCCGCCAGGUGGACCAACUCGGCUCCGUACAUCGCAGGAGUCGCCCAUGAGGACGUUAGAGCGGCCCGUUUGACGCGGCGCUCGUAGGGAGCCCCGCUUUUGCAGUCUUUGGCCCCCCCUGCUCCAGCAUGCUUAUCAAAGAGUAUCACAUCCCCAUGCCGAUGAGCGUGGAGGAGUACCGCAUCGCCCAGCUCUACAUGAUCCAGAAAAAGAGCCGGGAAGAGAGCUGCGGCGAGGGCAGUGGCGUUGAGAUCCUCAAGAACAAACCCUACACGGACGGACCUGGCGGGACCGGCCAGUACACCCACAAGGUUUACCACAUCGGCAUGCACAUUCCCGGCUGGUUCCGCUCCAUCCUACCUAAAGCCGCGCUCAGGGUGGAAGAGGAGUCCUGGAAUGCCUACCCCUACACACGCACCAGAUACACGUGUCCCUUUGUGGAAAAGUUCUCCAUUGACAUAGAGACCUACUACAUGGGCGACGCAGGCGGCCAGCAGGAUGUUUUCAACAUGUCCGCUGCUGACAAGAGGCAGAGGACCAUCGACCCCAUCGACAUUGUAAGCGACCACAUCCCUCCCCACGAGUACAAGGCGGAGGAGGACCCGCGGCUGUACAAAUCGGCCAAGACGCAGAGGGGCCCCCUGCGGGACGACUGGAUCCUAGAGUACCGGGAGAACCCGGGUCUGACUCCCAUCAUGUGCGCCUACAAGCUGUGCAAGGUGGAGUUUCGCUACUGGGGCAUGCAGUCCAAGAUCGAGAGGUUCAUCCACGACGUGGGGCUGCGAAAGGUGAUGGUGCGCGCCCACCGGCAGGCCUGGUGCUGGCAAGACGAGUGGUACGGCUUGACCAUGGAGGACAUCCGGCAGCUGGAGCUGGAGACUCAACUGGCUCUGGCCAGGAAAAUGGCGGAGUUCUGCCAGGCCCAGGAGGCCAACGGAGACGCUCCGGCCCAGGAGCGGAAGGCGGAGGAGGUCGCUGAGGUCGCCGCGGAAGCUGAGGUGCCUGCUGAGGCCGCGCCCGAAAUCGCGGCCCGUGUCCCGGACACGUUGCGGCCCCGCGGCGUGCUGGUUAAGCAGUGGUCCGCCUCCUCGCGCUCCUCCCGCUCCUCCAAACGGGGAGUGAGCCCGUCCCGACACAGCAUCUCAGAGUGGAGGAUGCAGAGCAUCGCGCGAGACUCUGACGACAGCUCCGACGAAGAGUUCUUUGACGCUCAAGAGGAUUUCUCAGACGGCGAGGAGGUCUUACCCAAGCCGAUGGCUAAAUGGAACUCCAACGACCUCAUGGACAAGAUGGAGGCUUCCGACACGGAAGAACACUCCGGUGAGCUCUUCAAAGAUGUGGCGGUGGACUACGACACGGCGGCUGUUGGGGAAAGACUUCCUGAGGAGAGCUCAUCCCAGCAGCCCUCUAAGAUCCACGUGCUGAUCCUGGUCCUGCACGGCGGCAACAUCCUGGAUGCUGGUGGCGGCGAGCCCAGCGGCAAACAGGCUGACGUUAACACCAUCGGCGCCUCCUUCGAUUCUGUCAUGCGCGUCCACUACCCAGCAGCAGUGGGCCGCCUGGCCGUCCGCCUGGUCCCAUGUCCCAACAUAUGCGCUGAGGCCUUCUCGCUGGUCUCCAACCUGAGCCCGUAUGGCUACGACGAAAGCUGUCUGUCCAGCAGCCAAGAUCACAUCCCACUGGCGGCGCUCCCCCUGCUGGCUACGUCGGCGCCGCAGUACCAGGAGGCCGUUACCACCGUAGUCGCCCGGGCAAAUCAGGUCUACGCCGACUUCAUCAAGUCUCUAGACGGGGCCGCUUUCUCCGGACAGGUAUGCCUGAUAGGGGACUGCGUGGGAGGAAUCCUGGGCUUCGACGCUCUUUGCAGCAGCAACCAGACGGUCAACGAAAGCCAGAACAGCAGCCGUCGGGGCAGUCUCGACCAGGACCUCCUUUCGCCAGCUGGCAUCCUGAACUGCGGGCAGGGGUCGGCCUCACCCACUCUGGAGGGUAGCCGCCACCUGAGCCGCAGCAACGUCGACAUCCCGCGCUCUGUCUCAGCCACUGACGACAACAAGAAGCGGCAGCUGCGGCGCAAGAGGAGCGACUCGUCCGCCUACGAGCCGGACACGAUCAAGCAGCACCAGGCCUUUCUGUCCAGUUUAUAUUCCGGAAUUUUGCGGGUCGACGGGGCUUCGCGCAGGUCGAGCAGCAGCAUGGUGCUGGACGGCGGCUCGCCGGGAAAGCUUGACUUCGAAGUGGCCGACUUUUUCCUUUUCGGCUCGCCGCUGGGCCUGGUGCUGGCCCUAAGAAAGACCGUCAUCCCCACGCUGGACGUGGCGCAGCUGCGUCCCGCCUGUCGGCAGGUUUACAACUUGUUCCAUCCGGCUGAUCCGUCCGCCUCGCGACUGGAGCCUCUCCUGGAGAGGAAGUUCCACUUGCUGCCUCCCUUCAACGUGCCCCGCUACCAACGCUUCCCAUUAGGGGAUGGAAAUUCCACUCUGCUGGUGGAAACAGUCCAGAGUGACGCUCUGCUGCUGCUCGACAGCGGGCCGCUCGUGUCGCCGGGCUGUCGGGAGACCGUCGGCGAGACGUGCAUCCCCGUCCCCGUUCUUAACUGGCAGGAGGCCGCCCACAAGGCCGUGCCCGAGUCGGAUGCUGUUCAGUCCCACGGGGGCGUCUUCGCGGACACUUCCUACCCCUCGUCCCCCGUCGCGGGCUCCUUCUCUGGCGGGCGACGCCGUGCCAGCGAGCUCAGCAUCGCCAGCCAGGUGUCUGGAAUGGUGGACGCUGACGUCGCCGGCAACAUAGCCAACACUCAAAGGCAGUCGUUUAGUCAGAGAGAAAAGUUCAGGCUCCUGUCCGGGCUGGCACUGUCCUCCCAAAACAAAUUCUCCUUGAAAAGCCCCCCCAAAUCGUGCCAGAAAGUCAAAGAAGCCCAGGACGAGAAGGACGGGGAAGAGGCGUGCGACAGACAGAGUCUGGGAUCGGAUAUCUGCCUGUCUCCUGGCCUCCAUGUCGCUAUGUGCGAUUUGGUCUCUCUGGACUCUCAGGCGGAGGUGGAGCAAGUUGCAGCUCGCUGGUGGGGCACCAAGCGGAUGGACUUUGCCCUCUACUGCCCCGACGCACUGACCGCCUUCCCAACUGUGGCGCUGCCUCACCUUUUCCACGCGUCCUACUGGGAGUCCACCGACGUGGUGUCUUUCCUCCUCCGACAGGUGAUGAGGCACGACAACUCCAGCAUUCUGGAAUUGGACGGCAGAGAAGUGUCAGAGUUCACGCCUUCCAAACCUCGCGAGAAGUGGCUGCGCAAGAGGACUCAUGUGAAAAUCAGGAACGUGACGGCCAACCACCGAGUCAACGACGCGGUGUUCACCGAGGACGGCCGGCAGACGUUGAGCGGUCGCUUCAUGUACGGCCCUCUGGAUAUGGUCACCCUGGCUGGCGAGAAGGUGGACCUGCACAUCAUGACACAGCCUCCGUCGGGAGAAUGGCUUUACUUCGACACAGAGGUCACCAACGGUAGCGGCCGUGUGUCCUUUGCGCUUCCUGACGACAAGCGCCUGGGCGUCGGUGUCUACCCUGUCAAAAUGGUCGUCAGGGGCGACCACACGUUUGCUGACAGCUACCUGACAGUAGUACCCCGCGGCACAGAGUUUGUGGUGUUCAGCAUCGACGGCUCCUUUGCCGCUAGUGUCUCCAUUAUGGGCAGCGACCCCAAAGUGCGGGCGGGGGCGGUGGACGUGGUCAGGCACUGGCAGGACCUGGGUUACCUGAUAAUCUACGUGACGGGGCGACCGGACAUGCAGAAGCAGAGGGUGGUGGCCUGGUUGUCACAGCACAACUUUCCGCAUGGCAUCGUGUCCUUCUGCGACGGCCUGGUGCACGACCCGCUCAGGCACAAGGCCAACUUCCUUAAGGCCUUGACCGAGGCGAACAUGAAGAUAUUUGCCGGCUACGGCUCCAGCAAAGACAUCUCUGUCUAUGCCUCCAUCAACCUGCAUCCGUCGCAGAUCUUCAUCGUCGGUCGGCCUUCCAAGAAGAUGCAGCACCAGUGUCAGGUAAACCUGCUGACAACACAUCCCGAUUGGUCACCAUCUCUCUUCUUGGAUCAUUUGACAAAGAAAAUUUGUUCAAUGGAGUGGUUCCAUUUGUCCUGUGUCGGACUCAAACAAGCCCCUGCAGCAGACGCCAUCUGUAGGCCUUGGGGUGGACCCUGAAAAAGUGCCUAGAAAAUGAGUUUCGUUCCACUUUCUGGGCACUACUUUUUCAAUGCAUUUUUUGAUAGAUAAUACCCUUCUGAACUUUGGGUUAAAAGUUCACCCAACGUUUCCCUGCACCAAUUUUGUCAAAAGCCAGGAAUAUAUACAUAGGGAAAUAACAAAAAACGAAAAUCUGGUGCUGCCAUUUCUGGGUGUAAAAUGUCUUACAUUAAAUUUGGCAACACAAAAUCUUUCUCAAAUGUCAUACAUACAUGUACCUAAUAUCAGAAACAAGUAUUGGUGGUUUAGUAUACUCAUAUGUGAAUUUAGAUCAUUAAAUGUAGCAAAUCUGUGCAAAAAAAAUCACUUCAACUAGAGGUGACACCAGCACAUGAAGCACAUAUGUUACAUUUAUCUAAAAGCUUAUGUUUUAUAUAUGAAAACAAUUCACAACCUACUAUGUAAUGAAAGGUACACAAGAAGCAGCACACAUUGGCCAAAAAUGGCUGAAAAUCCUACCAUGCACCUCAAAACUGGAACAAGGCAAAAUGGACCGGAUGAAAAUAAAUGCAUUAAGAGCCCAGAUAAUUGUAACAAAGAGUAUUUAUUAAAGUGUCAGAUUAUGUCACAUCAUGUCAUUUACACCCCCACCCCUGCCUCACACAAAAAUAUAUAUAUAUAUUUACAUAUAUCAAAUGUGCAUUCACAAUAAAAUUUGGCAGUCAAAUUGAACAAAGGUCUAUGUUUUGGGAAAAGGCAAUACAGACAUUUUUUUUGUUUUAAAAGGGUUAAAAUGGAGAGUACCAUCUUGAUAAUGAAUCAAAACUUAGGACAGAUUUUACAUGGUGGGUGAUUACUCAUCAAUAUCACUAUCAUCAGUGUCAUUAUCCCAUGUGCCUCUUUCUGUUUCCUUUGAAAUAUUUUCACAGUUCUGGCAGUGGCAUAAAUCUGUACAAGACAUUUUUGCAGACAAGCAUGAACAUCUUUCAGUCUCACACUUGCUUAUCUUGCAACCACAGUGGACUACCUGUAGCACACUAUCUGGGGCAUGAUUUCUAGUCAUCCAUUUUACUGUUAAUUCACCAUCCUCAAUGUCCCAUCCAUUGCCAAUUGGGGAAGGGGCACACAUCAUACCAGUCAGAGAAUGUUGCAUUACUGCUGCUUGGUAGUUUGCCCUUUUGCUGUGUUGGAAGAGAGCAUCACUUGUUGGAGGAAUGGACAGUUCUGGCAAAGCUGACGAUGCCAUACAGAAUGCCUUGUAUCUUGCAUAGUUGACAUUUUUGGCAGUUGACUGGCCAUAUAGAUGGCACAUAUAUUUGCUCAAUGCCUCAAAUGUAGACUGGUCAAGGUUAAAACUACUACCCAGAUAUGUAAACGCAGUCAGGUAUUCUACUUGCUGACAAGCAAGAGAAAAUGUCUUUGUUUUGCCCUUGCCAUGAAAGGCCCUGGUCGAGUCACAACCUGUGAAUGUAUGGAUGCCAAAGAGGGCUGAACAAACACUUGGGCCCAGAGCUGGUUUUCCAACCUGAUGUUGUGCUACCCAUUUUUUCAGUGUCACUUUCUUGGCUUACCUCAGUAGAUUCGGUAGCUGAUGUACCCGAUGACUGAGGUAUCCUGUCUAAAAGUUUGUCUGUUGUUGAUAAUGUCUCAAAAAAAAAAAAAAAAAAACAUUUCAGACAUGUUGCGCUGGAAAGGGGUGUGAAAAACCAACUGGAGGAAAUCGCGCUUCAAUCUUCUUUUCAGCAAAACCUACCUGAAACAAAGGGAAAGAUGAGCACAAGACACACAUAUUCACAUCACACACACCCACAUUCACUCUUGCACUUAUAUUUCUCAUUCACACAAAUACACCAAAGAGAACAAAAUUAAACAUUCUCUCAAAGCCUUUUUUAUUAGAGACUAAAUUUAUAUAAAAAUUUUUUUAGUAUGAAGAUUUAUAUAUUACCUGUAGUCUGAAGCAUCAAGAUCCUCAUGGCUUCUUCACGGUGUUCACGAACAACCUUUUUAGCUUGUCCAUUCUGAGCACUUCUUUGUCAACGAUAAUCCUUUGACGGACCACUUGUUCACUAAAGAGUUUGUAGCUCUCAGCAUAGGGUUGUCUGAAACACACACAUACUUUGGAUGUGCAAAGAGUAACGCUUUCAAUGCUUUGGCUAAAGGCAAGCAGAAUACAAGUGGCAUGUUGUUGACCAAUGCUUUACCUUUGAAAUGUGUAAUUUUAGCAAAGUGUCAGUGGAAUAGUGCAAUGUAAUAACUCAUAGUUCUUCGUCCCUCGUUGCAGUUUCUGCUGCUGUUGACUUGGUUAGGAACCUGGUGUAAUCUCGGUAACAGGAUUUAUGGUAUCGCACCUCCAUUGCAACACAGUCUUUGUCUUUGAUAUGUUGAAGGAUUGAAGAGUCUUUCUUCAUCUCUGCUGCCUGCAGCAACCGGCCUUUACACAAAAAAGAAUUAUAAUAAGUCACAUCACCGCUUUUCACAGUAUAUGCACAUCACGGAUUUAAAAGUAAAGGGUUUGUUGAGGUUGGUGGGGAGUGGGGGGUGUAGCUGUGAUCUAUUAUUGUGAGGGGCACAGCUAACCCGAGUUUGGUAACCACUGCUGGAUUCACUCGAUAAAUCAUUCAGCUGCUCGCGCGUUUACUAAACUAUAGCCUUAAAAAUUAACAACAAAUUAUUUUCAGUCCAUUAAUAAAUAUUGGUCAUAUUGUAAAUAAAAAUGGGCGCGUGUGUGUGAGGCACAUACCUGCCGACAAUGUCUCUGCUUUGGCGAGAUGAUCCCGCUGCCGUUUGCCUUCCGAUCCCAUACGAGCAUACUUUGACACUUUUUUACAAAUGAUGCAGAUGGCUGGAAGGACAGGGCCAGCAGAAGCGAUGGGCAAACCUGAACGGGAACGAAUUUUUUUCUGAGAGUUUCAGACGCUUCUGCAACUUCGCUAGUACUCGCAGGGGGGUCAGAAUGGCUCGCGGCUGCAGAUGGCUCUCCCCCAGCACGUGCGAAUUUUUUCUCAGCCUUUAACACUUUCUGUUUAUCAGUAAAACGCCGGUAGCAUGUAGUGUGGAAUCCAGCGUCGCCAGGAAUAUUUUCAAAAUCCAUAUCCACGCAAUGUUUGUAUAUUCCUGCAAGAUCUUUGUUAGCGCCGUGAAGACAAAGCCACUUUUUAAAGCAGGUUCUCUACGUGUCCCACUGUUGAAAAGUGAAGUCCAAGACGUCCUCAUUCUUCACGGAAAAAAGAUGCAUGUAGCAUCGUUUAUUUCCCACUUUCUGCGCUUUUUAAAAACUUUUUUCUCCAUUCGCUUGUCUUCGCUCUCCGAUGUUGUAGUCGCCAUUUUUGAUAUCUGGUUGUUAUGGUGAGGAGAAAGCGGCUACCUGAUUGGCUCAUGUGACCAAAAUCACACCACUCCCGACCUAAUGGCACUACGCGAACACCAGAGAUCAAUGCGCCUCAACGCAAAAUACUCCCGGGGUUUCAACACCGUGAACAAAAAAUUGACACGUUUUCAGAGGGUGAACUCCACGGAUUCUUACUUAGAACUAAUAAAUCUGUUUUAUGAAGAAGAAAUUAUUUAGUGCCCCUGGUAGCGGAGCGAAACUGAACGAAAAGGUAGGUGACCUGACGGCCUACUGGGUCUGCCCUUCUCGUCGAUGAACUGCGGGCUUUUAACUUGUGAAAAUGCAAGAACUUUAAUGCACAUAUUUAUUCUGCCUGGCUAUUUAACUAUGGCCAGUGACGUAUUUUUUUAACCACUUUGACAAAGAAACGUUUCAUUGUAAUGUUGAAUUUAUUUAUUCUAUUAUUAUUUUUAAUUUAUAAUAUUCUUAUUUGCACUAAUGUAGACUUUAGACUGUCAAUUCAAAUAGUGUUGGAAAAGUUGCAAUACCUAAAAUAGAAAUGCAAGAACUGUAAAGUACAUAUUUAUACACGUUUAUUUACCUAAGGCCACUGGAUGUUUUUUAACUGCUUUGAAAAAUACAGGUUUUGUUGUGAUCUUGUAUUUAUAUAGUAUAUAGCUUUUUAUAAUGUAUUAUGUAUUAUAAUAUUUGCUGCCCCCUGCCAGAGUGUGGGCCAUUUUGUACUAAAAUGAUUUUAAACUGUCAGUUCAAAUACUGUGUUGGAGACUAGUACUUGCAAUACUUAAAAUGGAAAUGCAAGAACUUUAAAGCACAUAUUUAUCCUGUCUGGCAAUUUACCCAAGGCCAGUAAAUAGUGUUUUAAACUGCUUUGACAAAGACACGUUUAUUGUGAUCUUGUAUUUGUGUAUUACUUAUAAUUAUAUAAUAUUUGCUGCCACCGUCAGAGGGUGGGCCUUGUUUGCACUAAUUUAAAGAUUUUAAACUGUCAAUUCAAAUAUCGUAUUGGAGAAAUUGCAUUACUUGAAAUAAAUCUAUUGCAACUUAUCAGUCCCAGUUCUUGUCUACAACACUGUCCAAAAAUUGUCAAUGCAUAUUCCAAAUAGAAUAACAAAAUUAAGUCACCUGACUUUGUAAUUAUUACACCUGUUUAUUAUGAAGACCUGAAGUAAACAACAAGCAGUUACAGUUUGUCAAGAAGUUGUUCAAGUCAUGUUUUGGUAUUCAUAUUUUAUUGACUUUUCAUAACAACACUUGGGAUUGUGUUUGUAAGAGCAGAGCAAACUGAAGUUUCAGCGUGCACUCUUCGCCUUUCCAACCUCUCAUAACGCUCCGAUGUGGUGCGCUUGACCUCAGAAUAACCCAAGAAGAGAUAUGGUGACCAAUCGGGAUGUGCUGUCAGCAUUUCAUAUGCAGGUUUUCCUAGUAACACAACAGGUAGGUGAGGAGGAGUAGGUUAGCAUUGCUACCGAGGCAGAUUUACACAACAGUAAAGAAAAAAACAAAAAACGUAUUGAAACCAAAACGGAUAAAUCGUUCAACUUACAAGAGUAGAGAUGAGGGGAAUACACUCUCAUUCCAGCAGAAAUAUGAUCAUAAGAAAUGCUUUUCCGACGAACCGCUGCAAUCCAGCCAUCCGUCGUACCUUCGUGAUCUGAUAUUUGGUCCUCCAUGCAGGAAAACGGUGAAAAGUGAGUCCAUUUUUCCUAACCCCUUUUUUUGUCGUAGGAGACGCUGUUGCACCCGGUAACGCAACAAUAAGCACCCAUAUUUUCUUUCUAAAACACCGAAAGAGUUAGCUUAGCACUACCACACGUUACAAUCCGCAUUGACUCUGCCGGCCCGGAAGUGAAUUAUAUUGCCAGCAUGGAGGCGGGUCCAAACAAUGACGUAGUACGUCCCAUUCCCUAUUAAAUGCUGUGAUGUUUUUUUAUUGUUUUUAUAUAUAUUACUAUUUUCAUUUGACUACAACCAGGAAUGACACAAGAGCCUAUAAAAAGGUGUUUAAUGUCUGACCGCUUGUGUUGCCUCAUGAUUCACGAAAAAUAUGCUUUGUUUAGCAUUUUAAUGCAUCCCAGGCUUUAAUGCAUCGUGAUGCAUUGCCGAAUCGAACCGAAUCGAAUCGUGGCCCUCUUAAUCGAAUCGAAUCGAAUCGUGGCCCUCCGAAUCGUAAUCGAAUCGAAUCGUGAGGGCAGUGCCGAUGCACACCUCUAGCAGAAAGUCACCCCAAAUGAACAGAAUGUGACCAAUCAUAAAUAAAUACAGUAGGGGUGUGACAAAAUAUCGAAAUGGUGAUAUAUCGUGAUACUUUGUAUCCCCAAAGGUUAUCGAUAUGCUCCUGCCAAGAAUCGAGAUAUCGUUUUAAAAAGGUGUCAUUGUCUAAAAAAAAAUAAAUAAAGAGGAACUAGCAAGUUGCUACCAAAAUCUUCCACCAUAAUAGUGUCUCAGUUAACUCGGUAAGGCUGUAUUGAUGGUGCUUGAAGCCCAAUCAAUUUAGACUAGAAACAUUCGUUCAAUCUAAACCAGAGCAUUCUGUUCAAUUUUCAGGGCAUUUACACGUCACUUGCUGUCCAUUUUAGGGCAUUUACAGGUCAUGUCCUGUUGAGUUUGAGUCAUUGCCUAUUCAUUUGGGUGAUUCCCAGGUCACUUCCUGUUAUGUAACUGAAAAUAAACAGGAACUGACCCAUGAAAUACCCCAAAAUUAACAGGAAGUAACUGAAAAUCAACAGGUAAAUGACUUUAACUGGCCCAAAAUUACCUCAUUGCCCGGUAUUGGCUGCCACUGACGGCCAUAGACGUUCAAUCCGUUUGAAUCCGUUUGAAGUGGAAGGGAUGGCAGCGAAUUCAUUCAUUCGCUGCCACCCUCCCAGUUCAAAUGGAUUGGACGUCUACUAGUGAUAAACUCAUUCGAGUUCACAGCAGAAGCUUGUUUUUCUGUUUAUGAUUGAAGAAUGAUUUCCUGACCAAUGUAUCUAGUGCUGCAACUAUUAAUCGAUUAAAUCGAGUAUUCAUUCAUUCAUUAGAGAAAAAUAUUCGAAUUCGAUUUUGUUGCUUCGAGUAUUCGUUCAAUUAAAGUGGUGUUGUAAUGGUUUAUUUUGAAAGUGUUUGCAUUUAGUUUUAUCGAUUAGGGUGGAUACACUGCCCUCUGGUCUGCCUCUUUUCACAUGGCUGAAUCCAAUUGCUCCCUGUUAAGACCAACGUAAGCUAAGUUUUUGUUUGAGCUCAUGUUUUUUAAUGCAUUCAUAAUUUAGUUUAUAGGUAUAUUCAGCCAUUUUUUUGUGGGAAUAUGUGUGUGAACCAUUUGUUAAGAGCAAUGUCAAAAAACUAUUAGCAUUUUAGGCAUUUUAUAGCAUUUAAGUUAGCGAAAGUUAGCCAAUUGUUUGUUUGUUGUACAUAGAUCCUCAUUUAAAAAAAAAAAAAAAAAAAAACUAGGGCUGUCAAAAGAUUUAAAUGUUAAUCGAGUUAAUUACAGCUUAAAAAUUAAUCGCAAUUAAUCGCAAUUCAAACCACCUAUUAAAUAUGCCAUAUUUUUCUGUAAAUUAUUGUUGGAAUGGAAAGAUAAGACACAAGACGGAUAUAUACAUUCAACAUACUGUGCAUAAGUACUGUAUUUGUUUAUUAUAAGAAUAAAUCAGCAAGAUGGUAUUAACAUUAUUAACAUUCUGUUAAAGUGAUCCAUGGAUAGAAAGACUUGUAGUUCUUAAAAGAUAAAUAUUAGUAUACUAUAAGUUAUAGAAAUUUUAUAUUAAAACCCCUCUUAAUGUUUUCGUUUUAAUAAAAAAUUUGUAAAAUUUUCAAUCAAAAAAUAAACUAGUAGGCCGCCAUUGUUGACGUCAAUAAUUACACAAUGGUUCAUGGCUCAAGGGUGCUGAAGCCUAUAAAAUCAGUUGCACCCAAGCGCCAGCAGAGACAAAACUCCAAAAAACACAAUUAACAAGUGGACAUUUCACUCUGCUGUCAUUUAAUAUGUUUGAGCGGGGCAUGUGCGUUAAUUGCAUCAAAUAUUUUAACGUGAUUAAUUUAAAAAAUCAAUUACCGCCCGUUAACGUGAUACUUUUGACAGCCCUAAUAAAAACAUUUGAGGCUCAGCUGAGGUAUUUUAAUUUUUCAUGUUCCUUAUUCGAUAACUUGAUUAUUCGUACUAACUAGUCCAUCAAUUAAUCGACUACUAAAAUAUUAGAUAGCUGCAGCAUUAAAUGUAUCGAUAAUCGUUGUAUCGCCAUAUCGUCAGAUCGUUAUCAUGAGCUUUGUAUCGCAAAUCGUUUCGUAUCAUGAGGUACCAAGAGGUUCCCACUCCUAAAAUACAGUGUCCUUGAGUGUUUUGAAAAAGCUUGAAAUAAAGUGUAUUAUUAUUAAGUAUUGACACUAAAUGUACAGCAAGUGAACCACAAUCAACAGGAAAUUACCACAAAAUCAACAGGAAGUGACCAGGAAUCAAUAGCAAGUAAUCUUUGAAUGCUCCCAAAUCAACAGGGUGUGGUUUAAAAUGCAGGAAAUAAAAUACCCCGGGAAUGCCUCAAAAUCAAUAGAUAUUCAAAUAGAAAUGGUCCCAAAAUCGGCAGGAUUUGUCCCGAAAUGAACAGCAAGGCUGUGUUCCAAUCACAGUUGGAGUUGCCCUCGCUCACUUUCCCUAAGCACUUGCAUUGACGUCACACGGAGGCCACUUGGAGGG